AGGGCCCCGCGCAGCGGCUCGCGGUCGCCGGCUCGGCUCCGCCGCGGCGCCUGCAGCUCGGUGCUGCCGCCAUCUUCCAGGAGGAGACGCUCGAACGCCCAGGACCCCCCGCCCCGGGGUCGCUGCACGGCCGGCCGCCCCCCGCCCUGCCCUCCCACUGCCUCAGCGCCCCUUGGCUGCCCCUCCGCCAGCUGCCCGCGAGACGAAGAGUCGCAUUACCUGCUCCACUCUUAUCAGCGUGAGGACACCAAGCUCACAAGCAGACAAGAAUCAUCAGAAAGGAUGUCGAAGCAACAGCCAACUCAGUUUAUAAAUCCGGAAACUCCCGGCUAUGUUGGAUUUGCAAAUCUUCCCAAUCAAGUUCACCGAAAAUCAGUGAAGAAAGGUUUUGAGUUCACAUUGAUGGUGGUUGGUGAAUCAGGACUUGGCAAAUCAACUCUCAUCAACAGCCUGUUCCUGACUGACCUGUACCCCGAGAGAAUCAUCCCAGGAGCUGCAGAGAAAAUUGAAAGAACGGUUCAGAUUGAGGCUUCCACUGUUGAGAUUGAAGAGCGGGGUGUCAAGCUGCGCCUUACUGUGGUGGACACGCCUGGCUAUGGUGAUGCCAUCAACUGCAGGGAUUGCUUCAAGACGAUCAUCUCCUACAUUGACGAGCAGUUUGAAAGGUACCUGCACGACGAGAGCGGCUUGAACCGGCGCCACAUCAUUGACAACCGGGUGCAUUGCUGCUUCUACUUCAUCUCGCCGUUCGGCCACGGAUUGAAGCCCUUGGAUGUUGCGUUUAUGAAGGCCAUACACAAUAAGGUGAAUAUCGUGCCUGUCAUUGCUAAAGCCGACACCCUCACUCUGAAGGAACGGGAGCGACUCAAGAAAAGGAUUUUGGAUGAAAUUGAAGAACAUAACAUCAAAAUCUAUCACUUGCCUGAUGCGGAAUCAGAUGAGGAUGAGGACUUUAAAGAACAGACUAGACUUCUCAAGGCCAGUAUCCCGUUCUCUGUGGUGGGAUCCAACCAGCUGAUUGAAGCGAAAGGCAAGAAGGUCAGAGGUCGCCUCUACCCGUGGGGUGUCGUGGAGGUGGAGAACCCUGAGCACAACGACUUUCUGAAGCUCAGAACGAUGCUCAUCACUCACAUGCAGGACCUGCAGGAGGUGACCCAGGACCUGCACUAUGAGAACUUCCGCUCCGAGAGGCUCAAGAGAGGCGGCAGGAAAGCGGAGAAGGAGGACAUGAGCAAAGACCAGAUCCUGCUGGAGAAGGAAGCUGAGCUUCGCCGCAUGCAGGAGAUGAUCGCCAGGAUGCAGGCACAGAUGCAGCUGCAGAUGCAAGGCGGGGACGGCGACAGCGCAGCACUCGGCCACCAUGUGUGAGAAAACCCUUUAUUGGAAGCAUUCCAGCCAGGUCCUGCAGUGCGUGUCUUAGAUCACAGAUCACCAAAGGCGCCGUCCGCGUCUCAGUGCCUGUUCUCUGCACCUGAGAAUUUAACUUUUUUAAACUUGUAAUGUGUGGGUUCAUUUUGUAUGCCGUUGACGUAUCUUUAACAUUUGUAGUCAUUACUGUUACAUUUUAAAUUUUGUGAGGUG